AUGAAAGUUACGAGUUUUAAUGUUGUUUUAGAUGACUUGUUAAAUGGUUUGAAUGAUCGUUUUAAUCAGGAAACAUUAAAACUUAUACUUACUGUAACGAAUAUAUUAAAACUUGAGCCAUCUCAAGAAGAUCUAUUGUAUUUGAAUAAUGUAUUUGGAAUCGAUAGUGAGCAAAUUCAAGUUGAAAUUAUGUUACUUAAAAAUAUACCAAAUAUACCAUCUGGAACCAGUUCUAAAACACUUCAUCAAUGGAUUGAUUUUCUAAAUUCAAAUAAUAGAACUUAUAUUUUUCUUCACUUCUAUAAAGUAAUAGUACUUUUUGCCACUAUUCCGGUAACACCUUGCUCAUGCGAACGUGCAUUUUCUAAGCUGACGAUUGUAAAAACAAAACUCCGCAGCACCAUGACUCAAGAAAGACUUGACGCUUUAAUGUUUCUAUUCAUAGAACAACAGAUGACAACAAAUAUUAAUUAUGACGAAGUUAUCGAGGAAUUUAAAGUGAUGAUACCAACAAAACGACGUUUAGAAUUAUAA